UCAUAGUGGUGGAAGCGGAAGUAAAUGUUGUGAUGCAGUGUUCCGCUGUGUAAACAAAAGGAGUCAAAUUAAAUUGAUUCACUGUAAACACGUUUAGUUCACGAUGUUAUGACAGCUUAUUAGUUUUUGUGCUUCAGCUGUUCCGAAUGACUGUCGUGAUAUUCCUUCCUUUUGGACAAUAACCGCACAAGUCUGUCAUGGACAGCGACAUGUCAGACUUUGAAAAACCUCCCAAACCCGGGAUGAGUCUAAGCCAGAGCAACACGCCUGUUUAUUGCAUUUGUCGCAAACCAGACAUCAACUGCUUCAUGAUUGGUUGUGAAAGCUGCAGUGAGUGGUUUCAUGGAGACUGCAUUAAUAUUUCUGAGAAGACGGCCAAAACCAUCCACGUGUGGUACUGUGAAAGGUGUCGAAGUAAAAAUAAUUCCUUGGAGAUCAAAUACCGUCCCAAAAAAAGCCGUGAGAAAGAUUCAGAGGCAGACGGGACCGAUUACCAGCCCGACACACCGGAUUUCAAAUCAGAUGGACGGCGAGGGUCACGGAUUAAGCGCUCCGCUCGCAUGUGUGGAGAAUGUGAAGCCUGCAUGCGCACAGAGGACUGUGGACUGUGCGACUUCUGUAAAGACAUGAAGAAGUUUGGCGGCCCGAAUAAGAUCAGGCAGAAAUGCCGACUGAGGCAGUGUGAAGUGCGGGCUAGGGUUGCCCCGCCAGUAAACACAUCAUCAGAGGAAAAGAUGAUGUCGUUGAAAGAGAAAAUGUUGCGAGUGAAGGAUGAAGAGUACUCCAUGUCUAAGGGCAGAGACUAUCAAGACGGCCCAAUGUCUGAAGACUACAGUGAGAAUGAGCUGGAGCUUUAUCAACAGUACUGCGCUGGGCAGUAUGGAGAACACAGCACGGGUUGGAACAGUGAUGAUGAUGAUGGUUCAUAUGCUGAUUCGGCUCUGAGAAAGAGAGCUGUUAAGGUCAAGCACGUUAAAAGAAGAGAAAAGCGAUCUGAAAAAAAGAAAGAGGAGAAUAAGCCUCGGAAGCACAAACCCAAACAGAAGCACCGAGACCGGGUGAGACACAGCGAGCGGCCAGAGGUUCGAGACAGUGGAGGAGCAAGACAGUGCCUCGGGCCCGGAUGUGUCGAAGCUGCACGCGCCAGCUCCAAAUACUGCUCUGAUGACUGCGGCAUGAAGCUCGCUGCCAAUCGAAUCUAUGAGAUCCUUCCCCAGCGUAUCCAGCAGUGGCAGCAGAGCCCGUGCAUUGCAGAAGAACAGGGCAAGAAACUUCUGGAGCGAAUCCGCCGUGAGCAACAGUCGGCUCGCUUGCGACUCACGGAGAUGGAAAAACGGUUCCACGAGCUGGAGGGUAUCAUCGCUAAGGCCAAACAGCAGGUCGUACAGUACGACGAAGAGGCCAACGAGGGCGAUGACGACACUGAUUUGCAAAUCUUCUGUGUGUCCUGCAGUCACCCAGUUAACCCCAAGGUGGCGCUGCGUCACAUGGAAAGGUGCUAUGCCAAGUAUGAGAGUCAGACAUCAUUUGGCUCCAUGUACCCCACACGCAUAGAUGGCGCUACACGGCUCUUCUGUGAUGUUUACAAUCCACAGAGCAAAACCUACUGUAAGAGACUGCAGGUUCUCUGUCCAGAGCAUUCAAGAGACCCCAAGGUUCCUGCGGACGAGGUCUGUGGGUGUCCACUGGUUCGUGAUGUGUUCGAACCCACUGGAGAAUACUGCAGGGUGUCCAAACGCAAGUGUAACAAACACUACUGCUGGGAGAAACUCCGCAGGGCCGAAGUGGACCUGGAGCGAGUCAGAGUGUGGUACAAAUUGGAUGAAUUGUUUGAGCAGGAGCGCAAUGUAAGAUUGGCCAUGACGAAUCGUGCAGGUCUCAUGGCCCUCAUGCUGCACCAGACAAUUCAACACGACCCAAUUACCCCAGACCUGAGAACCAGCAAGGACAGAUAAGAGAAAAUCUACAACUGCUGCCGAAGUCGCCUCACAUUUACGAAGAUUUGUCGGAGUCAGUGUCUUAGCUGUUGUUUUGUUAAAACUGUAAUUCAUGUAUGACACUCAUCUUGUUUCUGUAUUGUAUUUGCAUUAAUGUAACCCUUGGCUUCACUCUUUGAAUGGUGCUGUGACACCACUGGUUUGUUGUGCUUACAUUUUUUUAGAUUUUUAAUUAAUCUCAUAACCCUGUAUUGUGCAUUAAAAAACAUCUAGAGAUACAUUGAAACUGG